GUCUCGUAGAGGACGGGCAUGUAACAACGAUUUGUUAGAGUUCAUUCGUUUGUUUCAUUACUUCGCUUGUUUGUUCCUUUUUGCACGGAAAAAAAUGUUGCACCAUAUUUGAAUCAAAAGUUAUCAUCAUCGAUCAUUUCUUUUUUCUAUAUUUUAUUAAGAGUUUAAACAAUAUGACGAUUAACGAUAAAGUCCGGUUCGCCCGCCGAGAAUGCAACGGUGUUUCGAUCGAAGCUAUCGACGAUGAAACAACGUCGAAGAAUCGUGUUGUUGAAAACAUUUUAUUCGAUGAGAAAACACUGAAAAAAAUGAAAACUAUGGUCGGACCGGUUCGUCUUCUAUUGGGUCUCAUGUUUUACACAGUUAUCGGCGGUUUGGUGUUCCGGGAAUUAGAGCUCCCCUCAGAGCUGGAACGGUUGAGACAUCUUCGAGCUUCUCUUUACGAUCGAAGACACCGAUUCGUCAGUAGAAUCCUUAACAACACGGAUGUACUGAAUCUCGAAAGUCUGAUGAAAUACGAAUUGCGAGCCUACGAGCAUGUAGUGAAAGAAGCUACGCAAGGCGGUCUUUUUGCUGGUAUCCUCGACGACUUGGACACCCUGAGCUACGAAAAUGGAACUGGCCCUUUGGCUGCCAUCACUACUGAACGCUGGAGCGUUAUACAAGCUGUUUUUUUCGCCAGCACAGUUCUUACCACUAUAGGAUACGGGAAUAUUGUGCCAACAACCAGUUGGGGCAGGCUCUUUUGCAUCGUAUUCGCCUUCGGUGGAAUUCCCUUGACUCUUACCGUGAUCGCUGAUUGGGGUAAGCUAUUCGCUGAAGCUGUGAGCUCCAUCGCCUCGCGAAUAAGCUCCAAACUUCCGGACGCAGCGACUUCCUGGGUACCCAGUAAUCAUGCUGGCAGACGAUCCUUGGGGGCUUUUGCUGCGGCUCUUCUCCUCUUCCUCUACUUGGCCUGCGGUGCCGGAAUGUUCAUGCUGUGGGAAGACGAUUGGGGAUUUUUCGAAGGAUUUUACUUCUGCUUCGUGACAAUGACAACUAUUGGUUUUGGCGAUCUCGUGCCCAAAAAACCAAAAUACAUGCUGCUCUGUACGCUGUACAUUCUGAUUGGUCUCGCCCUCACCGGAACGAUAAUAGAACUCGUGAGACGACGAUACGCCCAAUCCUGGCGAAGACUUCAAGCCCUCAGUGGUCCGUUGGCUGAAAGCCUCCGGAGGUUGGGUGAACAUGCUGGGGGAGAUAUGUCUGCCUUCCAUUCAGAUCUGAGGAAAGUUCUCACCGUUGUCUCGAUGCCGCGUCUCAAAAGGACCCUCAGUGGACGCACUCAAGUAAAAGACACCGAAUGGGAAAAAGCUGUUGAAGCCGUUUUACGAGACAUUGCGUCUGCAUCUUCGUCCUCCUCGUCCACCACCAGCCGACCAGUCGUGCAGAUUGUCAUUUACGAAUCGAGCGUCUGAAAUUCAGUGCCAGUUACUUGAGCUGUAGUGGAUCUAUCGAUCUAUCAAAUACUAAGAAAGGACAGAAGAGGCUUUUAUUCCUGUAAAGAAUACAAAAAUUAGACUCCCAGAAUACACUCUGGCUAUUAGUA